UCGUUUGGUAUGUGGUGCUCGUGUGACUUGUGAAGCAUGAUUAUCCUCCUGAUAUUUUUUAUCGUUAACCACGUUUUGGGACAAAUACCACCUGAACCGGCUCCGCCACCGGUACCUGUUCCUCCUGUUCCACAAAUCCGCCAAUGGGACCGAAAACCAGGUAUCGAUGACUGGCCCGGAAUACAUUCAAGUGACAGAACUGUACUAGGUGAUUGGCUGUUGAGAGGCUGUUGGUCUAAGGAUCCAUCGCAUACCUGUAAAAACUCAAGGGAAACGGACGUAGAAUUUGAAGGAUAUGAUGGGUGGUAUAACAAUUUUGCAAGGCCUGAUUUGGGAGCUAUUGACGGUACUCUACUAAGGAGGUGGCCGGCAGCUUACGAGGAUGGGACGUAUUUGCCGUCUGGCUCCAAAAGACCAAACCCAUUGGAACUUAGCGAGCAACUGUUGGAGGGACCCAUUGGAUCACAAUCGCGAACCGGAAAAAAUGCUUUGCUAGUAUUCUUUGGCCAACAAGUCGUCGAAGAGAUUCUCGACGCGCAACGACCCGCUUGUCCCCCUGAGUAUUUUAAUAUUCCCAUACCUUUGAAUCAUUCGUACAGAAAAAAACCGGGUCACACGGUACUGCCAUUAUUAAGAACCAGAUACAAUCAAGCAACGGGAUUAAGUCCAAAUAAUCCCAGGCAGCAGAUAAACGAAAUUACUCCAUUCAUCGACGGAGGACUGAUGUACGGUAUCACAAAGCAAUGGGCCGAUCGACUUCGCACAUACUCUAAUGGCACAAUGGAUCCUGAUGGUCUCCUCGCCUACUCUCAUGAAGGACUUUUUCCAGAGUAUAACACUGAUCGGCUCCCGUUGGCCAAUCCGCCACCACCGUUUCAUCAUGCCGAAUUUGUUCAAAGACACGAAUUGGCGCGCAUAUCCAGAUUCUUUAAACUUGGAAACCCGCGUGGAAAUGAAAAUACUUUCCUUUUAACUUAUGGUGUAUUGUGGUUCCGUUGGCACAACUAUUUAGCCAGAAGAUUUAGGGCACAUCAUCCCGAAUGGUCAUCAGAGAGAGUUUUUAACGAAGCGAGGAAAUGGGUAAUUGCCACUCAUCAACACAUAGUGUUUGAUGAGUGGUUGCCCGCAUGGCUCAACGUCACUACUAUGACUCCAUACAAAGGCUACGAUCCAAGUGUUGAUCCACAAAUUGAUCAGUUUUUCCAAGCGGCCGCUUUUCGUUUUGGUCACACCCUAGUUACGCCCGGAGUUUAUCUACGUGAUUAUGGUAGGAACGGUUGCAACUAUUCCUUCCCAAAUUGGGGUCGUUACGCUGUAAGAACCUGCAAUGCCUUUUGGAGGCCGCAAGAUGCAAUUAAAACCAAUUAUUCUAAUGAAGAACUUAUUGAUAUUGACAGAGUGUUAAUGGGAAUGUCUGUGCAGUUAUGCGAAGAAGAAGAUCAUAAAAUAGUUGAAGAUUUACGAGGUAAUGUUUUUGGACCGAUCGAAUUUCCAAGACGAGAUUUAAUGGCAGUUAAUAUCCAACGCGCUCGCGAUCACGGAUUGCCCGAUUUUAAUUCUGCUCGAAAAGCUUACGGUUUACCCCCAGUAACUAAUGUGGAUCAUUUUCAGUAUGUGAGCACGGAGAUUAAAGAAAGAUUGAUGUUAUUGUAUAACAACAGUUUUAAUGAUAUCGAUCCUUGGGUCGGCGGUAUUCUCGAAACUGGUGAUGGACCGGGUGAACUUUUCCAAGCCGUUAUUGUCGAUCAAUUCCAACGAAUUCGAGACGGUGAUCGAUUUUGGUUCAACAAUACAAAAAAUGGGUUAUUCACGAAUGAAGAAAUAGACAGAUUAAAGGAAUUAACUUUUUAUGAUGUUAUAAUGGCGGUCACAAAAAUGGAUCACAAUGAUAUUCCCAGAAAUCCUUUUAAUGUGCCCUUGCGAAACAUUUACGAAAUCGCUGAGAAUUGUGUAUCAAAGUUGAUUAGAUCAGAGUGCAGAAUAAGAUUAAGUCCAACAACUACAGAACCAUUUAAUUGUUAUCACCUGCCUCAGUUAAAUGCGGAGAACUUGAACGAGCCCUGUGUACAAGGAUAUUCCUACAAUUAUUUCAGUCAAAGUGAAGCUUCUUUCAUUCUUACAUAUGCGGGCCUAGUGACCUUCUUGAUUGGUACAUGUGGUGGGGUUUACUUAUUAAUACAGCUGAAGCAGAAACAAGAAAAACUGCUACAAACGCAAAUUGACGAUUCCGUCAGAUCGACAUUGAGAAACGAAAACCACAUCGAUCUUCCAUUGUUUACAGUAAUGGAAUGGAGUAACCAUAACGAAUUAUUGAAACCAGUCGCUAUUGUUUUGAAUACUAAGACGAAGCAAAUUUGUGUCAUGACGCAUAAAGGGAAUCUACUAAGGGCCCUGGACUUAUCCUAUAAUAAGUGUAAACUUCAGAUUUACGUUAUAUCUGAUCAGCCGUACGUUUUCAUGAAGUCGCACCAAGAUUACGAUUUAGUAAUUAAAUUUGAUUCCAACUAUUUACGGAAAACCUUCCUAAAUGCUCUCGAGCAGUUCAUUAGUACCGUGCACGUUGAGCGAGAAAACAUCUCUAAUUUCACAUUGAAAGCUGCAUUCAAGAUUGUGGUUACCCAAGAACAUAGACAACAACGCUUAGAGAUGUUCUUCAGGGUUGUGUUUGCCCAAGCCUUCCAAAUUCAACACUCCAGAGAAGAGUUAUUGAAAGUGGACGCAAAAAUGGCAAAAGAAAUCGUACACACGGAAUUAACCUUGGUCGAAUUUGCUGAAGCGCUAAAUAUGUCUUCCAAUGCAGAAUUCGUAGUUAGAAUGUUUAAUCUCAUUGAUAAAGAUAAGAAUGGCUUCAUUUCGUUUCGCGAGUUUGUCGAUUUACUGAUAAUAUUUGCGGAAGGAGAUGAACUGAAGAAGGCGAAGCUGUUGUUUGACAUGUAUGAUGUAAACGCGACUGGCGUGUUGUCCGUGUCCGAAUUCUCCGACAUGAUCAAAUCUUUCUUGGAAACAGUUCAAGGUAAGAUUGAGCCCUCUGUGUUGCAGAAGACGAUUAAGAACAUGAUGCAAUCGGCAGGAUUACAUAACAAGACCAGUUUGAGUUUCGAGGAUUUUAAGAGAAUCAUAGGGGAAGACAUUAAGAAGCUGAAUUAUGCCAAUUUAGGUUUUAAGGGCGCUCCGGAGGUUAAAGGUCACAAUUUCCUAGAUAGUGCAAGAAACACCAUCGAAAGCAUUUACGAAAAUCCAGCUGAUAUUAAGGCAAGAUUACAAGGAGUUAGCAGUAGUAAGCAAACGAAUGAGUUAAUCGAUAAAGAACAAGAUAGUGUAACAACCAUUCGAAAGGAAAAACCAGGGAAAUAUACUCAAAUUUUACGGUACAUAGAGGAGAAUGCGAAAGAAAUAUUUUGGUUUUCUCUAUACACUUUGGUUUUGUGGGCAAUUUUUGCAGAACGGGCAUACUAUUAUUCUGUGGAGUCUGAGCACUCUGGACUUCGGAUAAUUGCCGGAUAUGGGGUUACGAUUACACGAGGAGGUGCAUCUGCAAUGAUGUUUGCUUACUCUUCUUUGUUGGUAACUAUGUGUAAAAACACUUGUACGUUCUUACGAGAUACAGUACUGGGACUAUAUUUUCCAUUUGAUGCUAUGGUUGAAUUUCACAAAUACAUCGCGUAUUGGGCAUUGUUUUUUACAACACUCCAUAUCAUUGGACAUGGUUUCAACUUUUAUCACAUCUCUACACAGACUGCGGACGAUCUUACCUGUCUCUUCAGAAACUAUUUCCAUCCAACUCACGAAUUACCGAAGUUUCAUUACUGGGCAUGGCAAACCAUGACCGGUAUAACGGGAAUCAUUUUGACGGUUAUCAUGAUUCUUAUUUACGUAUUCGCUCAGCCAUUUGUGAGAAAACACAUAUACAACUGGUUUUGGUACACCCAUAGCUUGUAUCCGGUAUUUUUCAUUUUUAUGGUUUUGCAUGGAACUGGUCGCUUGAUACAGGAACCGUUCUUCCAUUACUUCUUCCUAGGGCCGGUCGUUCUGUUUACGUUAGAUACGUUAGUGUCUUUAAGUAGGAAAAAGGUGGAGAUUCCUGUAAUUCGUGCCCAUAUCCUUCCGUCCAGUGUCGUGGCGCUGGAGUUUAAACGUCCCGAAAGUUUUGAGUACAAAUCUGGUCAAUGGGUGCGAAUUGCUUGUCUUGGCUUAAAUCCUAGCGAAUACCAUCCGUUUACGUUGACUUCAAGUCCAGACGAAUCAAAUUUAACUCUGCACAUUAGAGCUGUGGGUCCAUGGACGAGGAAUUUGCGUAAAAUUUAUAACAAUUCUAUCAUGUGUGAUAAAUCCUUACCGAAGAUUCACUUGGAUGGACCUUAUGGGGAAAGUCAUCAAAACUGGUAUCGGUUUGAGGUUUCAGUCUUGAUUGGAGGUGGAAUCGGCGUAACGCCAUUUGCCAGUAUUUUAAAGGACAUCGUGUUUCGAGCAAACAUUAAGCACAAAGCGCACUGCAAAAAAGUGUACUUCAUAUGGGUUUCGAGAACGCAGAAGCAGUUUGAGUGGUUGGUAGAUAUUUUGAGGGAUCUGGAGAAAGUAGACGAAAAUCAAAUUGUUAGCAGUCACAUCUUUAUUACGCAAUUUUAUCAAAAGUUUGAUUUGAGAACGAUUUUAUUGUACAUUUGCGAAAGACAUUAUCAGAAGUUAUCUGAUAAGUCACUUUUUACUAACUUGAAGGCAGUUACACACUUUGGUCGGCCCGAUUUCAGGAAGUUCUUCAAAAGUUUACAAUCGCUACAUCAGAAUGCGAAUACUGUUGGGGUAUUCAGUUGUGGGCCUCCACCUUUAACUUCGUCGAUUGAAGCCGCAUGUGUCGAUAUCAAUAGAAUAACUGCUCAUGGACCUACGUUCCAACAUCAUUACAAAAACUUCUAGAAUUAGUUUAAUAAAAAUGUCUUUGGAUGAUGAAUAAUAGUGCGCUUAUAAUUAA